GAAAGCUUGCUGAUGAGAGUGGUUUUGAGGGAGUUGGAGGUUGGCCCUUCUGUGGUGAUAGGGGACGUUCCUCCAUGGUUACUCCCAGAUCCUGUUGUUGAUCUAGCCUUGGUAGAGAAAAAGAAAAGAUUGGUCAGAAGUCAGUGAUAAAGGGAAACUGGUUGACAAUUACAUUGGUAGAAGUUUUUAUGCUUUUCUACCGCUUUUCAAAAAUGGAUCCAAGGACCCAGAUAGUGGAGCACAGGAGCAGGCGUUUACAUUCUGUAAUUUGAUGUGUAGAUAUGUAGAAGACUAACAGAGUUAUUGUCAGUGUACUCAGUUGAACUGCUGAUGAUAAUAGUUGCCCUCCAGUGGGUAGAGGACGUACAACCUGUUAGAAUUAUAGUAUGCUCAGAUUCUCUGUCUGUAUUGAAUAGUUUAUCAUCUGGUAAAUCUAAUAGGAGUCACCUACUAUUGGAGGUAUUCAUGUUAUUAUGGAGAAUUGAGAGACUGGGUGUAGUAGUGAGAUUCUGCUGUGUUCCAGCACAUUCAUGUGUUGAAGAGAAUUAUAUUAUAGACCAGUUAGCCAAAAGAGCUUUGAAACAAUAUACAAUUUAUAUGAAUCUUCCACUGGCUAGAGGUGAUGUCAAAUGUAAGAUUUGAGACAUUUUUGAUAGAUGUGCGGGAGAAGAGAUGGGACUCUGAGCCCAAGAGCCGGCAUUUACAUGCCCUUCGAAGAAAGGUCGGUGGACCAAGAUUCAAAGGUCAGAUUAGGAAGGAAGAUGUCGUGUUUGCUCAAUUGCGCUUAGGACAUUGUACAUUGAACUCAUCAUGACAUCUGGUUGGCAAGCAUGUGAAUGGUUUGUGCAUGGAGUGUAUGGUCGAUGAAAUGGUGGAGCAUGUGUUGUUAUAUUGUUGUAAGUAUGUUGAAGAGAGGGAAAGAUUGAAGUGUAGGGUCAUUGAGGUAGAACAGGGUUGGAGAGGUUUGGAAGCGAUUUUCGGAAUGGGGGAGGGUCUAUUAGAAGUUAGUAGGGCUCUUUUUUAUUUUCUCAGAAGUACUGAGUUAGGUAAGAGGUUUUAGAAAUGUUGUAAAUCGUGAUUACCCACACACUCCAGCACAGUAGGUGGCGGCAUACACUUUAAACGUUUGUUUGCGGACCGCCAGUAUAUCAUAGAAGAAUAAAAUAUUGCUCGCUCUUUUCCCACUGCCGGCCACUGGGCUUCCUCUCGUCAGAGAUUUGGUAGUGAGUGGAAACGCCACCCGAACGCUUCACAUUUAUACAUCCGGUGAAAUAUCUGGUUCAAUCUGUGGUACUGUAUCUUCGCUUACACUUCCUGGUACCAGGCGCAAGCGUACAACAGUAAAGAAUGCGGACUUCGUCGCACACUGGAUACAGGACGCGGGUAGGAAGGCUAGAAAGAGGGAAAAUAUGUCGAAAACACAUACACAGCCUCCGUCCUCGUCGGUGACUACGACCACCGGUGGACCUUCCUCCUCCUCGCCCGCAGGAGGCACGACGUCUCCCGCCAACGUCCUGCACGUACAGCCUGAGAAACCUCAACACUACACGUAUCUGAAGGAGUUCAGGACAGAACAGUGUCCUCUGUUCGUGCAGCACAAGUGUACCCAGCACCGACCCUUUUCCUGCUUCCACUGGCACUUCCUGAACCAGCGGCGCCGCAGACCCAUCCGCAGGCGGGACGGAACCUUCAACUACAGCCCAGACGUCUACUGUACCAAAUACGACGAGAGCACAGGCACCUGCCCUGAUGCGGACGAAUGUCUGUUUCUGCAUGGUACGGCGGGCGACACAGAGCGGCGGUAUCAUCUGAGGUACUAUAAGACGGGCUCCUGUAUCCACGAGACGGACGGGAAGGGCCACUGCGGUAAGAACGGCUCCCACUGCGCCUUCGCACACGGAUCACAUGACCUACGAUGUCCCGUCUACGACGUCAGGGAGGUGCAGGUGAUGGAAUCUCAGGAGGGGUCGGGGGCUGCAGAGGGAGGAGGGGGGGACAGGCUGGUGGCUAGUACCACCCUCAUUGAGAAGAUCUUGAGUGAGGAACCCCGUUGGCAGAAUAACAACUAUGUGUUGUCCCACUACAAGACAGAUCUGUGUAAAAAACCUCCUCGUUUGUGUCGCCAAGGUUACGCCUGUCCCUACUACCACAACAGCAAAGACAGGAGGCGGAGUCCACACAAACACAAACACAGAGCGCUGCCGUGCCCAGCGGUGAAGCACAGUGAGGAGUGGGGAGACCCCAGUAAGUGUGAGGGUGAAGAGGGUUGCCAGUACUGCCACACACGCAGCGAGCAGCAGUUUCACCCCGAGAUUUAUAAAUCCACCAAGUGUAAUGACAUGCAGCAGUGUGGCAGCUGCCCCAGAGGCCCCUUCUGUGCCUUUGCACACCUAGACAACAAGCCCCCUAUCAGUGAAGAACCCUUGUUUCAGACCCCCAGCUCCCCACCAGGCCCGCUGGACCCUUACCCUGCCCAUGAGGGAUGUCCCAGUCCUGGGGGCCGAGGUGGGAGGUCUGGGUCUCUGUCUGGAGGGCCGUUCACCCCGUUAGGGGGGUUGUGUGUGGCAGAGCAGGGCCUAUUAGGGAAGGUGCUGUCGCUGUGUGAGGACGUGUGUGUGGGAAGCGAACCCCUCUCCCCCUGGGCUAGAGAGGGGGGGUACGGUAGGGCACCGGGGUACGAGAGGGAAGACCAGGCAAAACAGAAGAGUUUUGCCAUGGAGCAAUGCAACAGAGAAAUGGCGUACCAUCUCAGCAAACAGGACCUGCUGGUGUUCCUCCCAGUGGGUAGUCCUCUGAGUCUGUCCUCCAGUGUUCCCUCCAGCCUGGCAGCCACCCCUCCCAGCCCGGCCCCUCCAGGACCCCUUCACCAGGGCCACCACGGAGCACCAGGCCUUUCCUCAGGCAUGAAUGCCAACGCACUGCCCUUCUACCCCACCAGCGACACCGUCGAGUCUGUAGUUGAGUCAGCUCUGGAUGACCUGGACCUGAAUGUCUUUGAGAUGUCUGCCCUGGAGAGAAGCCUGGACAGCAGCUCAGCGCUGCCCCGAGCCAUGCUGGGAGGGAACCAGCUCAAGAGUUCGGCUCCUGUCAACAUCCCAGGAUCCCUCUGCAGCUCCGCCCCUUUCAGCUCACCCUCGCCCUCGCCACCAAUCAGAGUCCACCAGUCACCAUUCUUCUCCGCUCAUCUGUCGCAGCCCGGCGAAUCAGAAAGCAGCUUCUUGGGGCCAUCUCAUAGCUCUCUAGGUCUGAAUGGCAUGAGCAGUAGUAUCUGGGAGCACCCGUCAGGCCAGGGUUCUCCCGGUACACCGCCGGCCAUGCUACCGUCUAUGGGCCAGAGCAUGGAGGCAGCCCGGGUCAGACAGGAACUAGACGAUGCUAACAGACUACUGAAACACUGGGGCCACACCUGGAAACAUACAGCACAGGCUUGGGCGGCGUUGAAGUCGGAUGCGGACGAGGCUCGUGGCUCGUCCGGUCGGUUAGCUUUACAAGCGGAGCGUGCCAGGCAGGAUGAGGAGGAGGCGCAGAGACAGACCUCCUUCCUCCAGGAGGCGCUGGACAGCAUGAGGACAGGAGAAAACCCCCACCUGGCCCUGCACCAGCUACAGCUGAUCAACAGACUGCCUGAAGAGUGUGUGGUCAGUCUGCAGGCCCAGCUCUGUACAUGUCUACACACCGUGGAGCAGGUGGUGUAUAGAAAGCAGAGGCAGUGUUGUGUGCUGUGUGGAGGGCAGGGCUCAGUCUCUCAGCCCUGUAGACACGGUCUGCAGUGUGACAGCUGCUCUGCAGAGUGCCCCCUCUGCCCAGAACAGACCCUGGAUCAGUUAUCCUGACCUAACCCCUCAACUAGCUGCAGCUCGGCGGAUCCCCCAACACGGAUCUCAGACCAGCCCUAGUCACUUAUUCAAAGCAGCCCAGUAGACCCUAAAACUAAGUGACUGACUUUAGACCAGAUCCAAACCAGUUGUUCUAAUGCUAUGGAGUAUAGGUAGAUACUCUUUUGUUUCUUACCUCUGAUCCUAGAUCAGAUAUCCUCACCCAGAGACCAGACUGCUGUCCCUAUAGUCAAAUGAUUCAAGAUCAGAAAUGUUUUUACUCAAAACACUGCCUGUGCAUAAGAAAUGAUUCGGGAUCAGCUCUCCUCACUACAGACCUGACUUUCACCAUUACGAACUAAACCACACAACUGACUCAGAGUCAGUAAAGGGCACGCUUGACCUCUGUUCCAUGAUGCUACGGCCUAAUGCCUCGAUCACACCGACAGCGUCAUUAAGUUUUGGCACUCCAGAAGUACAUUUAUUGGAACGCUUCGUUUGCCUUGCAGAAUUGCGUUGUAGAGGAAGUUGCGGUUCGUUCGGUGAGGUAACAUACAAUUGAUUUAUCCAUUGUAUGAGUCAAACUGUAUGCAUAGAUGGAUUGACAGAAAUGGUAGCAGAAGGUAAAUGUUGAACUUUUGUUGUACACACAUCCAGAUGAUGCUGCGUACUAUUUUCCACAAGUACCUUGUCGAGGCAAUAGGGACCACCGUUGAAGACUGCUGCGAGUACAAUUCCUUCGUUUUUUACAGUUAAAAUAAAAACUAUUUUUCAUAGAAUUUUCAUGCUUUUUUUCUAGAGAAGUGAAGGCAAAGUCAGUAGUUAUAGUAGUUUUUGCUAACGAGACUUCUAGUCAGAGGAGGAAUAGGCAAGCAUCUCAAUAGUUUAAAAAGGCUUCUUCUCCCUUUGCACUGAUCUGAAAGUACAGGAAGGGAAUAUGGUGGAAGUCUAUAAAGAAAUUACAGAUGAAGGAAUGACAGCCCCGUUUAGACUAUUUGGAUGAAGCAGUCUGUGUGUGUUACGAGUAGUUUCUGUACGUGACUGACUCUCAGGUUCUGUCUGUAAUAUUCUUUAACUGGAAAGAUGGGGGCAUGUUAACAACACAAUCUUGAAAAAUAUACUAGUCAAUUGUGUAGUCUUUGAAAUUAUGUAUAUUAGUUUAAUUUAAUAACAAGGCGCUUCACGUUAACUCAAAUGACAUUUAGUUUCUGUCAAACAACCAACUUAAAAAAAAUAAAGGUAUAAUUUUUGGGGGGGGCGGGGCAUUAUUGACAUUUGUAAGCAUUUUAAUAUUUUGCAGUAUUUCAAACGGGUGUCAAAUAUACAUUGUUUUUGUAUGUCAUAAUUGCCCCAUGCACUGACCACACCAGUUAUCAGGAACCACCUCUGCUUUGGAUACAGCAGGGGGUGUGUGUGCUUGUGUUGCUAUCCGGUGAAAAGACAUGAUCACUGUGAAGAGCACCGGCACUAUACACAGACACACACCUGGCACACAGUCCAUCCAUUUACUGUAUCCACCAACAGUGUUUAAUUGAGUCUGUUUUGGUAUAGAACAAUAAAAUACAUGUCUAUUUUUGUUAUUAUG